AGGCAACGGAGGCGUGCUAGGCCACCAAUUUUCCGACCCCGUGUCCUACUUUUUGGGAUGCCAGAUGAUGUGGUUGUACGUAGAUACAGGCUGCCACCACAUCUAAUCCUAGACACUCUCUCCAUAAUAGAGAGUGAUCUGGAGUCUGAAAUUCGGUAUCCUACAGCAAUACCACCAUUGACACAAUUCCUUGCUGUGUUACAUUUUUUGGCUACAGGCUCUUAUCAGCAUGUGGUAGGAGACCUGGUUGGCAUGUCGCAGGGCCAGUUCAGUAAGGUCCUGCGGCGUGUCUGCCAGGCUUUCCUAAAGCGUGUGAAGCAAUUUAUUGCUAUGCCUUUGGAUGUUGGUGCCCUAGAUGUGGUGAAGCGGCAAUUUGAGGAAGGUGGUAGUCGCUUCCCACAUGUUAUUGGGGUUGUGGAUGGCACACAUGUAGCUAUUCAGCCACCAAAACAUAAUGAAGAAAUUUAUAGAAACAGGAAACUGUUUCAUUCUCUGAAUGUAAUGGUUGUUUGUGGGCCAUCCCUCCAGAUCCUUUCCCUGAAUGCAAAGUUUACUGGAAGUUCCCAUGAUGCGUAUGUCAUUAGACAAUCAGGGAUAUGGCACAGAUUAAGAUCAAGUCAACGAGCAGACAUGUGGUUAUUGGGAGACCGUGGAUAUCCUUGCACCCCCUGGCUCAUGACUCCUUACCGUAAUCCCAGGCCAGGACCACAGACGGCAUUUAACUCCGCGCUUACUGCCACUAGGCAGCUGGUGGAGCGCACAAUUGGGGUCCUUAAAGGGCGGUUUCGUGUGCUCCACCGCACUGGUGGCGACAUCAUGUAUUCGCCGGAGAUGGCAAGUAAACUAGUGGUCCUGUGCGCUAUACUACACAACAUCGCGGUAAGGAGUAGCGUAGAGCUUCCUCAGACAGAGGAAUUGCCUGAUGAGGAGCCAGGGGUUGUCCGACACUUCGGUGGGGGGAGUGUUACACGGAGGGGGAGCCAAGUCAGGGCAAGCAUUGUUGCGGAAUAUUUCAGCUGAAUGAUCACACAAACUGUGGACGACCACAACGGCAAGCAACACAUGAGGCACCAUCUCAGCCCCCUUCCCCUUCUCACUCCCCCUCCACUUCCCAGUCCCCCUCCCCUUCUCACUCCCCCUCCCCUUCCCAAUC